AUGGACUACUACAAUUAUUAUUGGCAUUUAUCGUGGAUUUAUUUAUUAUGUGCAGCGUAUAGAUUGGCUGAUAAAGGAAAUUGUGAUGUUUGGUUGGGGAAUGAUCGAGGUACGCGGUACUCACUUGGUCACAAAACAUUGUCUUACAAGGAUUAUGCGUACUGGAACUUUGGUUUUCAUGAAAUUGGAGAGAUUGACCUGCCUGCCAUUUACGACUACAUUUUGGGGACAACUAAAUCACCAAUUUAUUUUAUCGCGCAUUCUUUAGGUGCGGCAGAGUUUCUAGUGUCAAUGUCUCUACAUCCAGAAUAUAUUUCUAAAAUCCAGGGAUUUAUUGGAUUAUCUGGAGCUGUAUUUCAAGGAAAUACGUCUAACCCUGUUUUUAAAGCAAUUUCUCCCUUCGUCAAGUUACAACAAGGCAUUCAUGACCUAUUUUCAAUUGGCCCAAUAGUUCCUCCCCAAGUGCUUCCAUUAAUGAAUGUCGUUGGAAAUGUGUGUUCACCUACGAUUUCCUUGCGAUGGCUUUGUGUGACAAUUAUGGAGGCAAUGAUUGGUCUGGAUUCUAAGGAGGCAAAUUAUGCAAUAGUACCUGACGUAAUGUCUCACAUUUUAAGUAGUACUUCGAGCAGAAAGACGUUCCAUGCACUUCAACUAAUUAACGAGGGUGUGUUUGCAUAUUAUAAUUACUACCAAAGAAAUAUCGAAGUAUACGGACAACCUAAUCCUCCCAGUUACCAGCUCAAUAAUAUUACUGUACCAACCGUGUUAUUUUGCGCUGCUGGAGACAACAUUGUAACAAUUCCGGAUACCUAUAAGUUGGCAGCAAACCUACCAAAUGUGAAGAAAGUAGUGGAAAUAGAUUUUCCCAAAUUUAACCACUUUGACUAUAUUUAUUCGAGGCAUAUAAAUGAAUUACUGCAUGACCGAAUUAUCGAGCUGAUUGAGCAAGACAUGGUUGUCGACGAUCUUCCCAAUAAAUUGAAUGCUUGAUCAAAUACUGUGAAUAUUAUUUAAUCCAAUCUCAUUAAAUCGCACUUACAUAAAAUGGUAAAUAUUAUCAUAUAAUGUUGAUUUUUAA